UCUUACUGAAUCAUUGCAGGCAUUCAACAUGCAACUCUAGAACAGCUGAACACUACUGGCGACAGCUCAGCCUCUCGCUCUGUUCAGAAGUCACAUCAAAAUAGCUCCAUGAACUCAAACCAUUCCAAAAAACUGAAUGCGUCUCUUCGAAGACUUUUGCAGUGUACUGCAAAACGUCUUACAAACUUUUGAGAGAAAGUUGCAUCUGUAACCUCGUUGGACCGCCACACUAGACUGGGGAUCAUUUUUGCUUGAUAAGAUUUCACUUUUGCAUUCGCUGGUGACCAUCAUGGGAAGCAAGACUCUUGCAGCUCCUGUUCCUAUCCAUCCUUCUUUACAACUGGCCAAUUACUCUCUUCUGCAAGCUUCCAAUGGUUUUCAGAUUCCUUCUGACCACAUUCCAAAUAUCUAUGGCUUUAGUGCCCUUCAUGCUGUCCAUCUUCACCAGUGGACCCUGGGAUACCCUCCCAUGGCCUUGCCUCGCUCUACUUUCUCCAAACUCCCUGGCCUAGUGGAUGGCAGGUUCCAGCUCCCCGCAAUUCCAAUCUUUCCCCACAUUGUCCAGCCAAAGCAAGACAUCACCAAUGCACCAGUCAAGAACAAGCCGAGAUUUGAUUUUGCUAACCUGGCCGUGGCUGCCACCCAGGAAGACCACUUGAAGGCAGAGGAUCUGAGUUCAGCUCCCGCCAUUGGUUCUCUUCUAGACGUCACCAAGUUGUCUCCCGAGAGAAAGCCAAGCAGAGGCAGGCUACCAUCAAAAACCAAGAAAGAGUUUGUGUGUAAAUUCUGUGGGAGGCACUUUACAAAGUCAUACAAUCUCCUAAUUCAUGAAAGAACCCAUACAGAUGAAAGACCGUAUACCUGUGACAUAUGCCAUAAAGCUUUCAGGAGGCAAGAUCAUCUGAGAGAUCACAGGUAUAUUCAUUCCAAAGAAAAGCCUUUCAAAUGUCAAGAAUGUGGGAAAGGGUUUUGUCAGUCCAGGACACUGGCUGUCCACAAAACACUGCACAUGCAGGUCAAGGAGCUAAAACCUUCCAAGAUAAAGUGCUAGAAGGGACAUCUGAAGACUUGGGGAAAAGAAGUGAUUAGGGUGCACUGGAAAAAAUGAGAAAGUUGUGAGGACAUCAUAAAAAUCCAGGGAAAGAGACGGGGGUGCCUUGUUAUUUCAGGACAUCUUAUCUACAACUAACCUGCAAAAGAAAGAAAGGGUAAUUGCACCAAUACCACAGAAGAAAAAACAACAACUGGGAAAUCUGCCUUUUCUGGGGAAAAAAAAUCUUGUCUUGAUGAGACUUCUGUUGAACAGGGUUAUAAAUCUUGGACUUAAAUUACUCCGAGCCUUAAUGAAAGGAACACCUCUGACCUAACUACAGGAUUUUGUUAAGGCUUCGUAUCUUAACUUUUAAGGGCACAAGGACUUCAUGAACCAUAUCAGGUCUGUGUAAUGGACUGCAACUGUAAAUGACCAAAUGAAUAAAUCUCUGGAAUGUGAUCUUUCUCAUCCAUCAGUUUCAUGGACAGUGAACUCAAAGUUACACAGAACCCUUGUCCUCCAGUUGAAACUUUGCAAGUGACUUGAAAGAAACACAAUAUGCCAUGCAGUUUUUCAUUUUUAACUCAUAACGCUAGGGCAGCAUACCUGCUUUCUGUUAUGUUAAAGGCUACAUUCCAAUGAUAUUGUACAUAAUGUUAUAUAUAUGUAAAUGUUAUUUGGCACUUUACUCUGGUUAUUGUUUAUUUACAUAUAUCA